AUGGAUCUUACUGAACAAAUUAAAGUUUUUCAAAGCGCGUGUUGCAACGGGUGGCAUUGUAAGCAUGAGGAAUGUUUUGUCGGGGAUGUCUUACCCCUCGAACCUGAUAUUAGACAGUUCUGUGAUUAUUGCCGUAUGGGGAUUUACCAUCUCUCUCAAAAGAAAGUGCAAGAAAACCGUGACGAAAAAUCAAAGCACGCACACGAAGGACCCCAAUUUUUAUACACAGGGUAUCAAUACUGCGAUGGGGUAUACAAGUAUGAAUAUGUGAAUUCUGGCGAAUACUUCGGGUCGUGUACAGAACCCCUUAACGAAAUGAUUAUAAACUGCGUUGGGUUAGAAUGGUUGUCACGGCGCGAGGAAAUACAAAAAAACAGCCUCCCGAAAGCCAGCACAAAAGAAGAAAAGGACAAAAAACAAACUACUAUUGACAAAUUUUUUGGACCCAAAUAA